AUGUAUCCUGCGUGGCUUCGGACCCCAGCCCUGGCCAGCCUCCUUGUUUCGACAACGCUCGCUCUAGAUCUCCCAGAAUACCGAGGUCUAAAGACUUCCCAGAACGCGAGUGUCCUCGAAAUCACUCUCCACAACCCGACAUCGCCGAUCAAUCUCUGGAACCCGGAUUUUCAGACUGGGUUGGCCGACAUUGUACAGAGGCUUCAGUCCGACAAUGAAACCAAGGUCGUCAUUUUCAAGAGCGACGUUCCAGGCUUUGUAGAACUCAUGUACAACAUCUCGAACCUGCCGCAGGUGACCAUCGGCGCAGUUGACGGGAGAGCCCGCGGAGCAGGGAACGAACUGCUGAUGGGGCUCGACAUGCGCUUCGCUACCAAGUACGAAACGCUCCUCGGACAGAUAGAGGUGGCCACUGGCCUCAUUCCGGGAGGAGGAGGAAGCCAGCAUCUUCCUGGACUUAUCGGCCGAGGCCUGGCAAUGGAGUAUAUCCUAAGCGGCAAGGACAUCAACGCACAAGACGCGGAGAGAAUCGGCUGGAUUAACAAAGCUUUCGAUACAUCGAGUGAGAUGUAUGCCUACAUUGACGAGCUCACCUCGCGCUUGAGCCUAUACCCUCUAGCAGCGCUAGCGGCGGCCAAGGAGUCAAUCAACCUCGCGGCGCGUCCUCCAUUGGAAAAUCUGUUGCAAGAUGCCGCCUCCUUCAACAGGCGGAUGGCUGAUCCAAUCGUGUCGCAGCUCUUGGGCAAAGCAUUGUCUUUGACGAACAAUCAGUCGCUUGGCGAUAUGGAGCUCAACUUGGGAAAGGAUUUGCCUCUACUUUACACUUGA